AUGGAGCAUCAUGGAAGAUGUCUCGUUGUAUCGGGUUCCACCCGUAUGGAAAGCGCAUUGUCAAGUCGGUGGAAACUUCUCAACAGAGAGUUGGGGAAAUGGAGAGAUGCCCUCACAAAAGCGAUGAAUACCCAUGCAAGCGGGGAAAAUCUCAGCGAUGAGAUUGUGCAAGCUCAAAUGUGGUAUUGUCCUACUGGACAAGGGAAAAAAAGUUUCAACCAUACCCAAUGUUGGGAGGUGGUGAAGCAUUGUAAUUUAGCAUUAUUCCAACGGCUCCAACGGUGGUGUUAA